AUGUCGGAGACCGUGGAGCAUAAGGAGGAUGAACGGCGACGACACGAGUCUUUGGGCUUUGCCCCCGGGAAGCCCCUGCUCAGCAGCUUGGUCAACAACGCAAAGCAGGGCGCCGACCUGGAAAAGAAGAUGACCCUCGGCCGAGCCCUCAGGCUGUAUCCUAAAGCUGCGCUGUGGUCUAUUGUGCUAUCGACUGCCCUGGUCAUGGAGGGCUACGACACCCUUCUGCUCGCCAACUUCUAUGCGCUCCCAGCAUUCAGCAAGAAAUAUGGCGUCCUGGACGCGACCACUGGAUCGUACACAGUAUCGGCUCCCUGGCGCUCUGGCUUGGCUGAUGGUGCUACCGUCGGUGAGAUUAUUGGCCUUUUCCUGACCGGUAUCAUCUCGGAGCGCAUCGGUUAUCGCAAGACUAUUCUCGGGGCCCUGUUCAUGAUCACCGGAUUCAUUUUCAUCACUUUCUUUGCUGUCGAUAUCAAGAUGCUUCUGGUCGGUGAGAUCCUCUGUGGGUUGCCAUGGGGGGUGUUCCAAACCAUCACGACGGCCUAUGCGUCCGAGGUGUGUCCGGUUGGGCUGAGGGCAUACCUGACGACAUACAACAACUUGUGCUGGGUGAUUGGGCAUUUCAUUGCCUCCGGGGUACUUCGCGGGAUGGUCGACAAUACCACGGCCGCCGCCUAUCGCAUUCCCUUUGGCAUCCAGUGGAUGUGGCCCCCACUGCUCAUUGUCGGUGUCUACUUCGCACCAGAGUCCCCUUGGUGGUUGGUUCGCAAGGGUCGGUUGGAAGAAGCGAAGCAGUCCUUGUUGAGGCUCACCACCACGAAUGAUCCGGACUUUGACGCCGACAAAGCCAUCGCGAUGAUGCAACACACCAACGAACUCGAGCAGGAGAUAUCUGCCGGCACCAGCUACCUCGACUGCUUCAAGGGAGUGGACCUUCGUCGAACCGAGAUCUGUACCGCGGCUUGGGUUACCCAGAGCAUCUGUGGCUCAACGUUCAUCGGCUACUCCACCACCUUCUACGAACAAGCUGGAUUGCCUACCGUGGACGCGUUUGACAUGUCUAUGGCUCAAUACGCCAUCGCCGGGAUUGGAACCCUUUUGUCGUGGUGGGUUAUGACCUUUGUGGGCCGGCGCAAGAUCUAUCUUGUUGGAACGGCGACAAUGUGUGUGGUUCUGUUCAUUGUCGGCAUGCUCGGCAUUGCCCCAAAAAGCAACACCACUGUGUCAUGGGCUAUCGGCUCUAUGAUUCUGGUUCUGGCCUUUGUCUAUGACUCGACAGUUGGCCCUGUAUGCUACUCUCUCGUUGCGGAGAUGUCGUCUACCAGACUGCGGGCCAAGACGAUCGUCCUGGCGCGCAACUUUUACAAUAUCGCCGGCCUGGUCACCAACGUCCUCAUCAAUUAUCAGUUGACUUCCACUGCAUGGGAUUGGGGCGCAAAGGCUGCUUUCUUCUGGCUGGGAACGUGCUUCUUGUGUUUUGUUUGGACCUUUUUCCGAUUGCCAGAGCCGAAGGGCAGAAGCUACAGUGAGCUUGAUAUCCUGUUUGAGCAAAGGGUUCCUGCCCGCCAAUUCAAGCACACCAGCGUUGAUCCAUUCCAGGAGGAGGAAGUCUCGGUUAUCGAAAGUAAGACAAACCGGGAUGUGGAUGUUGUCUGA